GAGAGAAACUGAAAAGAGAGAAGAAAUAUGAUAGAAAAGGACGAGAAAGUCCUUGCUGGCAAAAGAUUCCCUUCAUUCAUUAACUCAUUGUUUUGUUUUGGUGGGGCACUCACUACUACUGCUCUUCUUCCUCUUCCUAUCUUCUACCUACGUUCCGCUCCGAUUAUACUUCCUUUAUCUCCGAUUACCAAACCCUAAAAGGAACCACCAUGGGAUGUGCCAGCUCCAAGCUGGACGAUCUCCCGGCGGUGGCGCUCUGCCGGGAACGCUGUGUUUUUCUCGACGAAGCAAUCCACCAGCGCUACGCACUCGCCGCGGCCCACAUCGCUUACAUAAACUCCCUCAAGGCAAUUGGUCACUCCCUCCACUCCUUCGUCCACCACGACACCCAGAGGCCGGCGCCGCCGUCUCCUUCUUCCUCCCCCUCUCCCUCUCCCUCUCCUCCCCACAAAACCCACCAGCUUUCCAAGCACGCCUCUCCCGCCCACUCCGAUUCCGCCGGCUCCCACCUCCACUUCCACUCCGACUCCGAUGAUCUCUCUCUCCACCAUUCCCCCCAAGCCUCCCCCAUUCGUCUCCCUGCUUUCUACAACAAUUCCCAACCACCGGAUCACCACCUUCACAUCAAUUACAUGAAGAACAAGGCCGCCCCUUCAAUUGUCUACGAGCAGAGGCCUCUCAGUCCCGAAACCGGCUACCUCGGAGAGUCUUCUUCCUCCUUUUACCCUUACGCCUCCUCCUCCUACCCCUCCUACCCCUCCUACCCCUACGCCUACGAUCCAUAUUCUGCCCCUCCCUACCCCGGAUCUUCCCAGCCCCAACCCCAACCCCAGCGCCACCCCAACUCCAAACCCCCUCCCCCUCCCCCCUCCCCUCCCAGGGCCUCCACCUGGGACUUCCUCAACUUCUUUGAUAACACUUACGACACCCAAGCUCAUUACACCGCCACUCCCAGCCGUGACUCCAGGGAGCUCCGGGAGGAGGAGGGCAUCCCCGAUUUGGAAGACGAGGAUUACCACCACCACGAAGUCGUCAAGCAAGUUCACGGGGAUCAGAAGCUCGUCGAACCUAAGCCCCAACCCCCCAACCCCCACCACAACCACCUCCACGAGGAGGAGGAUGAAGAAGAGGAAGAUGAAGAUGAGGUGGAGUAUGAAGUUCACGUCGUCGAUAAGAAAGUGGUUGAUGCCGAUAAUGAUGGUAACAACAAACCCAAGGACCACGCCGCAUUCCGGAGCCGCCGACCUGGCUCCCGGAAUCCCCUCGAGGUCGCUAAAGAGAUUCAGGAUCUCUUUCAGAGGGCUUCUGAUUCCGGUGCCCUAAUCGCUAAGAUCCUCGAGGUGGGCAAGCUUCCCCACAAUCGAAAGCACGCCGCCUAUCAAGCUUCUUCCAAGAUGUUACAAGUUGUUUCUCCCUCGCUGUCUCUUAUUUCCUCCCAACCAUCUACUUCUAAAGAUGCCGAAUCCGCCUCUAACAUGGAUGUUGAUGCUGAUCUAAUAACUGGAGCACGCAAUCUUUCCUCGACACUGCAUAAGCUCCUACUUUGGGAGAAGAAACUCUAUAAUGAAGUUAAGGCUGAGGAAAAGAUGCGGGUAAUCCAUGAUAGGAAGCUUCGCAAGCUGAAGCGUAUGGAUGAUAGGGGAGCUGAUUUUCAUAAAGUUGGUGCGACUCGGACUUUGAUUAGGAGUCUGUCCACAAAAAUAAGAAUGGCAAUUCAGGUUGUGGAUAAGAUUUCUAUGACAAUAAAUAAGAUAAGAGAUGAAGAACUGUGGCCACAGCUGAAGGAAUUGAUCCAAGGGUUGACCAGAAUGUGGAAAUCCAUGCUUGAAUGCCAUCAUAAUCAGUGUGAAGCUAUUAGAGAAGCCAGAAUACUGGGUUCCGUUGGAUCCAGGAUAAAGAGUGGUGGUGAUAGUCAUCUUCAAGCGACGAAGCAACUUGAACAAGAGCUCAUCAAUUGGACUUUCCAAUUUUCUGGCUGGAUAAGUGCCCAGAAGGGUUAUGUUAGAGCAUUGAAUAAUUGGCUGCUGAAAUGUCUCCUGUACGAACCAGAAGAAACACCUGAUGGCAUAGUCCCCUUUUCCCCUGGUAGGAUUGGGGCUCCGCAAAUAUUUGUAAUAUGCAAUCAGUGGUCCCAAGCUUUGGAUAGAAUAUCUGAGAAGGAAGUUGUUGAUUCCAUGCAUGUAUUUACGAUGAGUGUGCUUCAGAUAUGGGAACAAGAUAAGCUAGAAAUGCAUAGGCAGAUGAACCAGAACAAGGAUCUUGAGAGGAAGGUUAGAAACAUAGAUAGAGAUGACCAGAAGUUGCAGAAGCAAAUUCAAGCGUUAGAGCGAAAGGUGCUUCUGCUAUCUGGGGAAGGUAAAGGUCUCUCAGUUUCUGAGAACAUCAUUUAUCAGAGUGACAAAAGCAGUAGUCUACAGGCUAGUUUGCAGCGCAUUUUUGAGGCCAUGGAGAGAUUUACCGACGAAUCUGUGAGAGCUUAUGAGGAAUUACUACAACGGAGUGAAGAAGAAAGUGCAGCCCGAAACCGCGAAUAGUUGGAAUCAUAUCUUUUUGCCAUUUGCCAAGAAUAGAGACAUGCUGGUCUCCUUCUACUAACUCUUCUUUACACAGAGCCUUGGGAAGAGGGAUUGGGCUUGACUUCUCACUAUGAUGCUGAGAGCUGCUUUGGUGCUUUAAUGCUGGGAUACAACAGAAAGUGAAAUUUGAGGUGCGUGGCGCAGAGUUGCGUUUUUUUGGUACUCGGUGCUGUAAGUCUACGGGUGAAGUUAGCCAUACAAGUUUGAGCUAC